CUUUCGACUAACUAUAGACUCUUAUUUUGAAAACCACAUAGCCAUCCGGAAUCACGUGCUCUGCUGCUCUGGACUGUGACAACAAACAAGACCACUCUGCAUUCAUGUCCACUUUAGCUAAAGCCAUGUCCAAGUUCCGCCUGGCUGUGGUCCAGCUGCAGGUGACGAGCGUCAAGGCGGACAACCUGAGCAGAGCCCGGAGGCUGGUGAAGGAGGCUGCGGGACAAGGCAGCAAAGUGGUGCUGCUGCCGGAAUGCUUCAAUUCUCCAUAUGGAACCAGCUUCUUCUCGGAGUAUGCUGAGAGGAUCCCAGGAGAGUCCACUCAGGUGCUGUCAGAGGCAGCCAAGGAGAAUAAGGUGUUUCUAGUGGGAGGAUCCAUCCCGGAAGAGGACGGUGGGAAGUUGUACAACAGCUGUACAGUGUUUGGGCCUGAUGGAGAGCUGAUUCUUAAACAUAGGAAGAUUCACCUCUUUGACAUUGACGUUCCUGGGAAAAUCCGCUUCCAGGAGUCCGAGACUCUGAGCCCAGGCAACAGUUUGUCAAUGUUCCAAACACCGUUCUGUAAGGUGGGUGUGGGGAUUUGCUACGACAUCAGGUUUGCUGAGCUGGCGCAGCUCUACAGCAGGGAGGGCUGUCAGCUGCUGGUCUACCCUGGGGCCUUCAACAUGACCACAGGUCCAGCUCACUGGGAGCUGCUUCAGAGGGCGAGGGCGAUUGAUAACCAAGUGUACGUGGCCACGGCGUCUCCUGCCAGAGAUGAAACCUCUUCAUACGUGGCCUGGGGUCACAGCACUGUUGUAAACCCAUGGGGAGAAGUUAUCUCCAAGGCUGGACCAGAGGAGGCUGUGAUUUAUGCUGACAUCGACCUGCAGUAUUUAGCCGACAUCCGGCAGCAGAUCCCGAUCACAGCGCAGCGUCGGGACGACAUCUACGCAGUGACGUCUGUGCAGGGAGGAUCCAGCUGAACGCCGGGACGUUUAAGAAAGAAGGUGCCAAGGUACCGACACAAACUAUGCAACAGAUCUCUGCCACCAAGCCAGCGCCUUCUUCUCCCUCUGAAGCAACGGGCCGCUCUGUCUGAAUUGAGGGAAGAAGAGAUGCAGUUGGCAUGGCGAUGCUCACCCACCUCUUAAGGAUGGAACUGUGCUUUGUUUUGUGUGUCUGGUGCUGAAAUGAGUGGCUGAGCAGUAGAAAAUGUUGGUAAGCAGUUAAUUGUUUAUAUCAGUUACCAAGUAAAACUAAGUAUUUGCUGGUUAGAGCUUCUCUAAUGUGACAGUCUACAUCUUUUAAUCCAUUUGGUAGUAUUGGGAGUAGAACCUUUGGGGUUUCUUUCUUUGGCUUGUGAAAUGAAUUGAAUUGAUUGUUGGACCAGAGAUUUUAAAUCUAAAAGAAAUAUUCACAUUUUCUGUCGUGAGGCAAAAACAAUAAAGAUAUCUAUCAAAUUAAAUAAAAAGGCAA